GAGUGUGUGAGAGGGGCUUAGUUGAAAUGCACAGCGCAUUCUUGCGCGGAGGGCGAAGCGAUCAGCCAGCCGCAGGGCAGAGGAAUUGCUCGAAAUCAUCCCAACUCAACGACACGCGCUAAGAAGAAACCUCGUUUGGUUUCUCUGGUUGUUGCUCCAAAAACAAAACUGUUAGCGUUUUUAGUUGUUCAGUCCGCAACAAGCCAAUCUGCAUUUCGCCUGGAAGUUGUAUCAACGGGGGGAUCUUGCACCUUCACAGCUCCGCGCGGGUUGGUUUGUCUCCAGCGGCGCUCGGGAGCCGCAGCGCAGGUGUUACAUUCGGAUAGUGGCAAUAAAAUGGCAGUGAGGGAUGCGAGGCGCUGCGUGUAAAGGGAGGAAAAUGGUAAUGAGCUUGCUGGAGUCUUGCGGCAAGUGUCGGCUAAUCUCAGUGAGGAGGUUCCUUCCCAUCAGUGGCUGCUCACUGCAUGCGCGAGAUCCCGAGGUGAGGUGGCAUCCCGUCGAGUUUGUCUGUUCAGCUUUAGGAGCUCAGUGUUUAAAGGAAACUCUCAGCUUAGAAGAACAAAAUGUCUGCUGCCACCACCAGCCUGCUAACCCUCGCUCUGCUCCUCCUCCAGCCUUCGGGUUCAAAACAACAGGUUCCCUCCAACUGUGUCAUCAAGAGGGAACAGGAGAAAUGUAUGGAGAUGAUGGCCUUGGACUAUGCUAAUCCUGAAUUUGACUGCUUGUGGCUCUGGGACAAUCUGACGUGUUGGCAGCCGGCGAAGGUCGGCGACGUGAUCGAGGUCAACUGUCCCGAACUCUUCUCUCAGUUCAUGAGCGAGGAAGACUACGAGCUGGGGAAGGUGAGUCGGAACUGUACGGAGCUCGGCUGGUCAGAGGUCUUCCCUCACUAUGUUGACGCCUGUCUGUACGAGGAAGGAAACAGCAGCCACCCGGACAUGUAUUACGUGUCGGUGAAGGCUCUGUACACUGUGGGCUACAGCACCUCCCUGGUGUCUCUCACCACAGCCAUGGUCAUCCUGUGCAGGUUCAGGAAGCUGCACUGUACCAGGAACUUCAUCCACAUGAAUCUGUUUGUGUCCUUCAUUUUGAGAGCUAUUUCUGUCUUCAUCAAAGACGGUGUGCUGUAUGCUGAGGAGGACAGUGAUCACUGCUUCAUGCACACUCUGGAGUGUCGAGCUGUGAUGAUAUUCUUCCACUACUGCGUCCUUUCCAACUACUUCUGGCUCUUCAUCGAGGGUCUGUAUCUCUUCACUCUGCUGGUGGAGACCUUCUUCCCUGAAAAGAGAUAUUUCUACUGGUACAUCAUCAUCGGCUGGGGAACCCCGACGCUGUGCGUGACCAUCUGGGCGGUGCUGAGGCUGCAGUUCGAUGACAUCGGGUGCUGGGACAUGAAUGACAACGCUGCCAUCUGGUGGGUGAUAAAGGGACCUGUGCUGGCUUCCAUUAUGAUCAACUUUGUGCUCUUCAUCGGUAUCAUCGUCAUCCUGGUUCAGAAGUUACAGUCUCCAGAUAUCGGCGGAAAUGAAUCCAGUAUUUACCUGAGGCUGGCCCGCUCCACUCUGCUGCUGAUUCCUCUGUUUGGGAUCCACUACACCGUGUUUGCCUUUUCUCCUGAAAAUGUCAGCAAGAGGGAGCGCUUGGUGUUUGAGCUUGGACUCGGAUCUUUCCAGGGCUUUGUGGUGGCUGUCCUCUACUGCUUCCUGAAUGGAGAGUAUAUCCCUCAAGGUGCAAUCGGAGAUCAAGAGGAAAUGGCGCAGCUGGACGGUGAACAGGUACUUUGCUGUGGACCUGAAGCACCGGCAUCCUUCGCUGGCGAGCAGUGGGGUGAACGGGGGGACACAGCUAUCCAUCCUAAGCAAGAGCAGCUCACAGAUCCGGAUGUCCAGCCUGCAGGCCGAGACUCCGGCAACCUGAGCGGUGCCAGCGCAGACGCCGCGUCCUCCGCAUCCACCGUCAUCCCCCGUCCCGACGUCACAAAGCCCUCCAUGGCCACCCUCGUCCCGAUGACCAGCCUCACCAGCCCUUUCUUCAACCCGUACCCCAACCCAUACCCAGAUGAAACCAUGAUGGAAACCCAGCUGACCUCCAGCGACCCAGAACAGCCUCUUGUCUGAACCUGAAUGUGCCAAAUAACGAGCCCCUGAUCUGGGAGCCGCUGGAAACUCCACCCUCCUGUUUUAUAGCAUCUUCAAACAGCAUGAUAAAGGAAUCUAGUGUUUCCAGGCUGAAACAUGUAAAGGAAGUUGUCAGUAUCUGUGUGUAUAUAUUGUGAUAGUGUUAAAAGUUGUCUGGUGCUACAGUAUGGGACCAGUUUAAUUGUGGAGCUGGAGAACGUGUCCUCUGAUCAUUCCAGUCUGUCAAAAUGUAUUUUAGACUUUAACUUUUAACUGCAUUCCUCAUCAAAGACUUAACUGUUCUACAGCUUAAAGUUUAACAGCAAAAAGAAAACACUGGUCAUCCUCGAUGUAAAUACUGGAAUGAGACUAAAAUAAUCCUUCAGAUUGGAGAAAGUGAAAUAUUAACUAUAGGCUUGUCUCAUGGAACAUGUUUUUUUUUAACACAAAGCCUGUGUUACAACCAUAUGACCGUAUUGG